AUGCUCGACAUCAAGAUAGUGCCACAGACAGCCAUACGUGUCAAGAAGAGCAAGAAGACAUCCACACUGACGAUCCAGAACAAUUCGAUGGAAAGCAUGGGCUAUAAAAUCAAGACGACAAGGCCGAGAGACUACAUUGUAAGGCCAAACAUGGGCUUGAUCAUGCCGAUGCAAUAUGCAGAGGUCGAAGUGACGUUGUCUGAAGGUACGAUGCCAGAUAGCGAUCACAAGUUCCUAGUAGAAGUCCACAGAUUUGAUUGGAGACGAUCGCUCAAUGAUUUCAAACAGUAUCUUAGAGCCUCGUCGCCAAAGCCAUGCUGGACAUCAAGGAUAGGGAUAAUGUACGAAGAGGAAGAGGCGAAUGCUUGCACCAUUAAGCUUAAGGGAGACAGAGGAGUGGUAAGUUUGGCAAUACAAACAUGCUUUGUAAUAGGCAUUCUCUGUUUAUUUUAUAGAUUUUUUGAGUAA